AUCAGUUUGUAUAACGCGCGUGAUAGCACGCAGCCCACCACCUGUAGGGUUCGCAGAUUGCGCUAAGACGAAAGUAUUCGUAAGAGUGCCAUUUGCCGGGAAACAUCUAAAAAAAACUCCUACCGCGGUAGUGUUAGAAAUUAGCAGCUAACUAACAGUCUGUGCCAGGUAGACUCGUAGUGUCGACGAGGAAGAAACCAAUCUUAUUUCCCCUGAACAAAAAAAAAACCCAUCAGAAACACCUUCAUCAUGGGCUGCAGUGAAAUCAUGCGUAAUCUCGGUGACCUUGUAAUGAACAAUAAACUGGUCACCUUCCUGAGUGUGGCCUUGUUCGCAUUCGUGAUCACUGUGAUAGCACUAGCGGUGUCGAACAAUAAUAAUGCGAGCGAUCUGGAGGAAUGCCAGGCAAGGCUGGCAGAGUUUUUGUCUUCCACGACAACAACGAUUGUGACACCUGAAACUACUACAACGGUUGCACCAACUCCUGAAAUGACCACACAAGCUCCCUCGGCCCCGCCUAGCUCGUAACUAGAAUAAACAGUCCCAAGUUAAUAAAUUGAUCGCAGGUUUUACGGUGUGCGUCAUCAUUUCAUAAGUUCGUGGCGGUGAGCUUAUUUUAUUCUAUUCUAUUCGUAUUCCUAAGUACGUGCGAAACCCGGCCAAUAGCAGUGCAGUGAACAUGUAGGUGAUAAUGCGAGUUAAAUCUGUGUCAGCUCUUGUGCCUGAUACCUUGACGUUGGUAUCACAACGAUAGUCGGUUGGUCGAUUGGUGUUGCGUUUCGGUGAUAACGAAGGCCACGUUCCGUGAGUCACUGGUGACUAGAGCUAGGUGGUCCCGCAUUCCCACCGGGGCGUGACGUUUCGCUAUCGGCAACAUGUGCAACAGAGUUCUAUAAGCCAUGUGAAUAAUGUGAAAUCUGAAGAAAUUGCAAUAUUUAAUGUAAAAUCACUGGCACAGGUACACACAAACACCACCAUUGUCAAUAAAGUUUCGCAUAAGCUAGCAAGCAAAGAUGGGUUAA